GUUCAACGAAUUUUGAAUAAUAACGAGUUAUGCAUUUCACUACUUAGGAUGAAUUUGCAAACUUUUUCCAAACUAUGUGAAAUGCUAGAGAGUUUAGGAGGAUUAAAACCAACAAGGAACAUGACUAUUGGGGAACAAGUAGUAAUCUUCUUACAUAUUCUUGCUCAUCAUGUUAAAAAUCGAGUCAUUCAAUACAAUUAUGGAAGGUCAGGUGAGAGUAUCAGUCGAGCGUUUCAUAAAGUCCUGAAUGCUAUAAUGCAUUUGCAAGGUCAUUUGUUUAGAACACCCGAACCCAUUUCGGCAAAUUGUACCGACAGUCGAUGGAAGUGGUUUAAGAAUUGUUUAGGUGCUUUAGAUGGGACCUUUAUCAAGGUUAAUGUGCCAAGUUCUGAUAAGCCUAGAUAUCGAACUCGUAAGGGAGACAUUGCAACAAAUGUUUUAGGUGUGUGCACUCCUGAUAUGCAAUUUGUAUAUGUUCUAAGUGGUUGGGAAGGAUCAGUGGCUGAUAGUCGAGUUCUUCGUGAUGCAAUUAGUAGGACACAUGCAUUGGAAGUGCCACAUGGUUGCUAUUACCUAGUUGAUGCUGGUUAUACAAAUUGUGAGGGGUUUCUAGCACCUUUUAGGGGACAAAGGUAUCAUUUGAAUGAAUGGCGUCAUGGUUAUCAACCAACAAGCCCGCAAGAAUUUUUUAAUAUGAAACAUGCAGCUGCUCGUAAUGUGAUUGAGAGGUGUUUUGGGUUAUUAAAAAUUAGAUGGGGUAUUCUUAGGAGCCCAUCAUAUUACCCUAUAAAGACACACAAUCGCAUUAUUAUAGCAUGUUGUUUGCUCCACAACCUUAUUAGACAAGUGAUGCAAGUCGAUCCUAUGGAAAGUGAACUUGAUGCGUUUGAUACGGUUGAAGGUGAAACGAAUUCAAUAAAUACAGUUGAUCCAUCUGAUGCUUGGACUAAUUGGCGAAUGGAAUUAGCAAAUCAAAUGUUCAAUCAAUGGAAUAAUUAGGAGUCUGAUUUUUUAUUAUCUUUUAUGAGCUUGUUGUCUCAAUUUUAUUUGAUGUAAAACUCUAUGUUUGUCAAAAAUUUGAACUACUCCAUGACAUUUGCUUAUGUUGAAAUUGUUAUGACAUUUAAUUAUGUUUC